AUGGCUCGCGGCUGCGUCUGCUGCGUCAAGUACAUGCUCUUCCUCUUCAACCUUUUCUUCUGGCUGGGCGGGUGCGGCCUGCUGGGCGUGGGCGUGUGGCUGUCGGUAUCGCAGGGAAAUUUCGCCACGCUGUCGCCGUCCUUCCCGUCGCUGUCGGCAGCCAACCUCGUCGUCACGCUGGGCACCGUCGUCAUGGUGACGGGGUUUUUGGGAUGCCUGGGAGCCAUCAAGGAGAACAAGUGCCUGCUGCUUAGCUUCUUCAUCGUCCUGUUGAUCAUCCUUCUGGCCGAGCUCAUUCUCCUCAUUCUCUUCUUCGUCUACACAGACAAGGUGAGCGAAAACGCCAGACGGGAUUUAAAGGACGGGCUCGUCCUUUACAACACGGACAACAACGCCGGUUUGAGCGACGCGUGGAACACCAUCCAAGAGGGGUGGCGCUGCUGCGGCGUGACGAGCUUCAGCGACUGGCACGCGGCGCUGCAAGUCGACGCCGUCCCCGACAGCUGCUGUCAGACGGUCCGUCCGGGGUGUGGACGCAACGCUUCCGACGCCUUCUGGACGCGGGGCUGCUACGAGAAAGUCGAAGAGUGGCUGGACGACAACAAGCACCUGCUGGGCACCGUCGCCAUGUGCGUGUUGGUCGUACAGCUCCUGGGUAUGGCCUUCUCCAUGACGCUUUACCAGCAGAUCCACCGCGCGGGCAAGAAGUAUCAAGCCUGA